AUGUCGAAACCCGAGACAGCGCCCGACGGCGCCUCCAUUUCCGCCAUGGCGCAGCCGCCGCCUGCAAAGAUCGAUCCCGUAUACUACACCUGGUCGAGCGCCUUCAACAUCCUGCUCGGCCGCAUGACCGGCCAGCGCGACAUCUCCCUCGAAAAGAACUACUUUGGCGAGAUGGAUACAAUCAAAGCCGACUCCAUCUGCAGGCGCUGUGAGUCCAAUAAGGAGUACCUGCUGCAAUACAGCCCCGUCAUCCGCUUCAUGCAAGAUGAAGUGUACAAGCUAGGCGGUGACUUAAACAAAGACAACAUCCUAUGUCGCAUGUGUACGAAUGAGCAGAGCGGUGGAUUCUCGCUUGACCAUGGUAUCUUGCUGUGCGCCAACAAGUUUCGCAAUCGCGGACACCAGGAGGAUACAAUGGCCCAUGAGAUGGUUCAUGCGUGGGACCACCUCAAGUUCAAGGUUGAGCCGGAUAACCUUAGACAUCAGGCUUGCUUGGAGAUCAGGGCUUCGACAUUGUCCGGAGAGUGCAGGUUUGCCCGCGAAUUUUUCACGAGGAACCAAUGGAGGAUUACCGAGCAGUUGCAGGCUUGUGUAAGGAGGAGGGCUACGCUGAGUAUGCUGGCCAGACCAGGCAUCAGGGACCAGGAACACGCAGGCAAGGUGGUGAACGAGGUCUGGGAAAGCUGCUUUAGAGAUACCAGGCCGUUUGAUGAAAUCUACCGGUAG